GAAUGCCUCCAGAAAGGAAGGCUGAGCAACUGUUCCUUGAUUCAUAUUGGUCGUGGUGUACGACUGGAUCUGGAAAACGAAGGAGACGUCUGGUUGUGUUGCUUGAGCGACUGCAGCGUGUUCGUCCAGAGCUAUUACCUAGACAGAGAAGCUGGCCGAGCACCAGGAGAUGCGGUUCAUAAAAUAUAUCCGAAGGCUUACAUCAAAGUAUGCAUGUCACUGACCCGUUAUUUUAUUUGCCAUCGUCAGAUGCUUCAACAGGCAGCAACCGCCCAAGCAGCUGCCGCGGCGCAGGCCGCAGCGGUCGCCGGUUUGGUUCAGGCGCUUUCGGCUGCUGCUGGAAUUGGUGUGGACGAUUUACGGCGCCUGUGCAUUUUACGCUUGUCGUUCGUCAAAGGAUGGGGACCAGAUUAUCCUCGUCAAAGUAUCAAAGCAACGCCGUGUUGGAUAGAGGUGCAUUUGCACAGGGCAUUACAGCUUUUGGAUGAAGUACUUCAUACGAUCAAAAACAGUUACUUAACGAAAGCUGUUCACACGCUGUUUACUAGGGUUUGA